UUAAAUAAAAUUUAGCCCCAAAUUGAGUGAAACAUCACAUGCCAAUUUCAUCUCAACACUUUACAAAUAUGGAGAUUUGCCGCGCUUCGAGGCGUUUGCCGCCGAUUAAUCUCCGAUUUAAUCAAACCUCGACGUUCCGGCCGGCAAUAGUGAAAUGCAAUCUCUUCUCUGGAGCAAAAGAACUUCCGGAACUUUCAACGGGCGAUCAAAUGUUCAUUCUUGGAAUGGGUUUCGUCGGAAAAUUCUUCGCUGCCGAUUUGAAGAACAAAGGAUGGGUAGUGAGCGGGAGCUGUACAAGCGUUGGGAAGAAGAAACAACUCGAAGAAUUAGGAUACUCAGCAUAUGCAUUUGAUGCAAAUGACCCACAGGAUAAAGUCCUAGAGGUUGUGAAAAAUCAUACGCAUCUCGUUAUAUCUAUUCCACCACUUAAGGGUGUUGGUGAUCCGAUUCUUUGUCGUGAAGGACUAUUAAAGAGUGUGUUGAAAGGCGGGAGACUCAGGUGGCUCGUCUACUUGUCCUCAACUAGCGUAUACGGAGACUCAGGUGGUGCGUGGGUAGAUGAAGAUUAUCCAGUGAAACCAGAAAGUGAACAUGCCAGAGCGAGAUUAGUUGCUGAGGAACAAUGGCUAUGUUUCGGUCAAAAUCUUGGUAUUGCAGCACACGUGUUUCGUCUAGGAGGUAUAUAUGGCCCUGGUAGAAGUGCUGUUGACACCAUACUUAAGCAGGGGCCAAUGUCAAAGGGUCAGAAAGCAAGAUUAUUAAAAGACUACACAUCUCGUGUGCAUGUUGCUGACAUAUGCCAAGCACUGCAUGCCAGUAUUUUAAAUCCAUCUUCUGGGAAGAUAUAUAACAUAGUAGAUGAUGAUCCUUCCCCACGAGAGGAGGUAUUUGAGUUUGCUCGAAAGUUGGUUGAAGAAAAGCUUCCGGGCCGUGGAAAACAAUACAUAUAUGCUGAGAUAGCAGAAUCACUUGUUUCAGAGAAACCUUCCAAAUCAGAAAAGCGAGUCUCAAAUGCUCGUAUGAAGAAAGAACUGGGAGUGGACUUACUUUAUCCUACGUACAAGUACGGAUUAAGAGGCAUCAUGGAGCAGAUGGCACCGUUGUCAUGAUAUUCACCGCGCGUCCAGGAGAGGUGGCACCAUCGUCGACAAGGAGAGGUGGUGGUGGGAAGAGAUGACGACAUGUACUAAACAAAAGGCGGCGGUUAUUUACACGAGACGGUGAUGGUGCCAUUGUUGUUGUGGACGGGUAUCUUGGCGGGACACCAAUCAAGGCGGUGACGAUGGCAAUCAUGGCGGCUUACCGGUCAAAGCUGCGGUAGCAUCAACUAGGAGAGGUGCUGACAUCGCCGACGAGAGACUAGGGUGGCGGUAAGGUUUACUAUGUGAUUUUUUUUCUUUGUUUAUAAUUAUUCAAGAAAUAUAUUUUUGUGUCGAAGUCGAAGUAAAAAAUGCUAUAGAUAUGCCAUUGUUUAUUAUUCAUUGUAUUAAUUCCAUCCACGAAAAUUGUAUGGUGAAGUGGAGGGUACAUAUUUUAAUGAAUAAUUGGGAGAUGUGUAUAAAGUAUAGAAGAUGGUCCACUAGAAUGGAGUGGAAAAAAGGGAUCCACCAAAGUUGAUGU